AAUUCCUUGAUAAAGUUCUUAUGAUAUUGAGCAAUAAAAAAAAAUAAGAUUGUAGUUUAGGUUAGGGAAAUCGAAAACGGCAGGGGAUAUGGAGACACGGGAUGCUAUUCGCUCUGUUGUGGAGAAUUUUCCCUGUAUUUGCCAACUGAAGCCCGAACAAGAAGAGUGUUUGUUUCACUUUGAAUGGAGAUGAUGUUGAAGACCUCCCGGCAGGUUUUGGGAAAAGUUGAAUUUAUCAUCUGUUACCGAUCGUCAGCGAGAAACUGGGGAGGCAAAAGUCCAGCCGGGCGAUUAUUGUGAUUGUGAACUGCUCCCUCCGGCAUUUGCUCGAUUGUUUUGUUUUCGCACUAUUCGUGUGUUUACAGCGGAAGUUUGAGGCGGCUGAGCCGGAUGUGAGGCGCAUAACACACGUCAUUUCCGAACGAAUGUGAUUGGCUUAACCAAUGAUUUCAAACUUCAGAGAAGCGGCAGACAAGCAGCUAGCAGUAAUCUAUGAUAUAUAAAAAGAAGAAGAAAAAAAAAAAAAAAAAAACAAACAAGGGAUAAUUAAUCGGAAUUUGCUGUCAUAUCAUUUUUGUGAAAAAAUGCUUCGGUUUAUUUUGAUCUCAGUGUCGUCUUUACUCGCUAAUGAUGUUAUUACGGCCAGAGUGACAGUGACAGAGGGAGAUUCAGUUACUAUAUACACUAAUGUUACAACAACACAGCAAGAUGAGAUUUUAUGGUAUUUUAAUGACAUCCGCAUAGCUGUGAUCACCGGAGAUCUCAGCAGGAUCUGUACAGAUGUUCAGUGUAAUGAAGACACUGAGAGAUUCAGAGACAGACUGAAACUAGAGAAACAAACCGGAUCCCUGACGAUCACAGACAUCAACACUACAGACACUGGACUUUAUCAACUGAAGAUCUUCAGCAGCAGUAGUAUCAGUGAGAAGACCUUCAGUGUUACUGUUCUUGAUUCUCCUGAUAAAGUGAAGACAAUAUCAGUGAAGGAGGGAGAAUCUGUCACUUUUAAUCCUGGUGUAAUGACAACCCCAAUUGAUGUGAUGAGGUGGUAUUUUAAUGACUCUCUCAUCGCUGAAAUCACUGGAGAUCAGAGUAAGAUCUGUUCAGAUGUUCAGUGUAAAGAGAGAUUCAGAGACAGACUGACGCUGGAUCAUCAGACUGGAUCUCUGACCAUCACAGACACCAGAACCACAGACUCAGGAGAAUAUAAAGUAUUGAUCAUCAGCCACAUCCUUCAGAACAGCGUCAGUGUCACCAGUUUGAAAACAUUCAUUUUUACUGUAAUUGAUUCAGGUCUGUCUUCAGCUGCUGUAGCAGGAAUAUGUGCUGGUGUUGUUCUGUUGUUCGUGACUGCAGCAGCUGGUGUGAUUUACUAUCACAAGCGUCUUCAAGCAGGACAGAAUAAUAUCACGGCACAAACCAGUUAUCAGGCAGGUCAUUUACAAGACUUUUCCCUUCGGUCUGACCCUGAGAUGUCACCUGGUGGGAAAGAGACUGAGGAUGCCAGUGAGACCUCACUUUAACAUCUUUGGUACCAGUACCAGGGCCAGCACUACCUAUAG